UUAAGAGUACAUGUGACAAUUGUAGUUUGGAAGAUUCUCUGGCUCUCCUCUCUCUGAUUUACAUACUCCAUGAUUGCAGAUUUCUCACCUGCAGGCGAAAGAGAUGGCAGUCACGAGAUUUUUAUUUUGAUUUUUAUUUUUUAAAAUAGUUUUUCUUUUAAAGUCUUGUGAGCAUCGAGAUGAAUGAACUUGACAAAGAACCCAUCCCUUCAAUUCCCAGUGGUCCUCCUAAUUGAUAGUUUGAUGCCCACCUCACUCCUCAUCCUACACACAUUCUGUUCAACUUUCUCUUAUCCCACGGACCUUCGCUUCCUUCUUUCUUUCAUUUUUUUGUCUUUUUUUGUUUUUGUUUUUUUUUUCUUGCCAAAUAUUACAAAUAAUGAAUUGAACCCAUUUAGCUUUUCAACAGUUUUUCAGUCUCUGAGUUGGAAAAAUUGCCAAGCUAAACCAUGACAAGUGUAGCAGUUUGGAGCAAAGAAGAAGAGAAAGCUUUUGAAAAUGCUAUUGCAAUGCAUUGGGUGGAUGAGGACUCCAAAGAGCAUUGGGAGAAGAUUGCUUCAAUGGUUCCCAGCAAGAGUGUGGAAGAAUUGAAGCAACACUACCAAAUGUUAGUGGAAGAUGUGCGCGCAAUAGAGGCAGGACAUAUACCACUUCCCAACUACUUAGGAGAGGAAACAUCAUCUUCAAACAAAGACUGCCAUGGCUCUUCUGGGGCCACGGCUUCGGAUAAGAGGUCAAAUUGUGGUUAUGGAACUGGGUUUUCAGGAUUAGGACAUGACUCAGCCGGGCAUGGAGGGAAAGGAGGGUCGAGGUCAGAACAAGAACGGCGAAAAGGGAUUCCAUGGACAGAAGAAGAGCAUAGGCUGUUUUUACUUGGAUUAGACAAGUUUGGCAAGGGGGAUUGGAGAAGUAUUUCAAGAAACUUUGUCAUUUCCAGGACUCCCACACAAGUGGCUAGCCAUGCUCAAAAGUACUUCAUUCGCUUGAACUCCAUGAAUAGAGAUAGAAGGAGAUCUAGUAUCCAUGACAUUACAAGUGUGAACAAUGGAGAUGUCACUUCUCAUCAAGCACCAAUUACAGGCCAACAGAUACACAUGAACCUGUCAAGUGUAGCCGCUAUAGGACCGCCAGCAAAGCAUAGGACUCCACUGCAUAUGCCUGGUAUGUAUGGAACGCCGGUAGGGCAUCCGGUUGCUGCUCCACCAGGGCAUAUGGCAUCGGCAGUUGAAACUCCUGUCAUGCUUCCUCCCGGACCCCAUCCCCAUCCCCACCCAUAUGUUGUCCCAGUUGCUUACCCUAUGGCACCUCCCCCAAUGCACCAAUAACAUUCCUAUCUUCUGUAACAAGUUUUCCAGGUUAGCAUUCAGAGGAAGUGGUUUGUGCAAUGAAAAAUCUCAUUGCAUCAGAAACUCAGUUAUGGACAGAUCACAGCUCUGUCGUAUCUAAUUUGGAUCAUUCCUACUUACUGGAUGCUUUAAAACAUCACAUGUUCUUGCAUUGAAUGAAUAACGUCCAUUUUCAACUGAAA